ACUGGAGUCCGCCACCAAAAGAUGUCUCCGUCUUCUUCGCUUCGGAAAGCGAAACGAUUUUCCGAGAGAGAGAAAAAAGAGGGUCUCCGACAUGCACACAGAACGCUCGGAGUUCGAGGUCGACCUGCGAAGAAGGGCAGAAUGGGAAAACAGAAGCGAAAGUGGACGUCGGAGGGGGAAGACGCCCUACUCGCCGGAGUCGCAAAGCACGGCGAUAGCAAAUGGAAGAACAUCCUCACCGACCCAGAGUUCGCACAAACGCUCUGUCUCCGCUCCAACAUUAACCUCAAGGAUAAAUGGAGGAACUUGACCGCAUCUGCACAAGACACGGAAAAGAGGAAGACUCCAAGGGCAAAGAAUGUUUCUCUCCUGAUGCUGUCGAGGAAAAUUCUAAAGCUCAAGAACGGUACAGCAUAUCGAUUUUUGAGGCCCUUUCUACAAUGAAAGAUCUGAAUGGAUCUGAUAUAGAUGCCAUUCGUAACUUUAUUCAGCAAAGGGAUGAGGAGCCGACUCCACAGAAUUUCAAAAGGUUGGGUGCGAGGUUGAAAAGUCUUGUGUCACUAGGAAAACUUGAAAAGACCAGAAAUGGCUUCAAGAUCAAAAAACACUCAAUUUUAAGAACGAAUACCCCUAGUGGGAUGGUGACCUCUACUGGAAAAGAAGAUGAUGUUGUUCAUAUUAUUGCCUCUAUAAUUGCUGAUGCGGAAAACAAAUCAUUUUUAGCUACUGUAGCAGUGAUAGAGGCAGAAAGAGUUUCUAAGAUUACAGAAGAGACCAACUCUAUCCUACUGCUAGUAAAAGAGAUCAAUGAACAAUGUUCACGUGGUGAAGUUGUCUACUUGGUUUAGCUCAGCAGUUGUAAGUUUAACUAUAACUUCAGCUAUAGAGUUAGAUCGAAGUUAGAUGGGAUUAGUAUAUAAAGUUGUUUUUUUGUGCAUCUACCCUGGUUUUAGUUGUGGCUAAGGAAGUAAAAUCCCAUUAUUGAAUGACAAAAAGCAGAAAAAAAUUCAUACUAACAGACGCCUGGUAAUGAAUGGACCUAUCUCUAUGAAAUAUAGUGGUGGCUAAAUAAAUGUUCAAAUAGAUCAGCGGGUUUUGACCAAAACAAAUCAGCGGGUUAUUUUUCAAUGGGGUACUUCAAACAACUGCAACUUUCCAUUUAUGAAAGUGUGUUUUUAGGGGGUUUGCCAUUUGGUCUCAUCACUCAUGUAAUGCCUUAGCUCACAGAUAUACAAUGGUUUUCCAAAUACCUCA